AUUGGCAUAUAUAGUCGGUGACUCGGUGGAGAGCUUCCUUCCCCAGUCAACGCGGGCGCAGAACAGCCAAAUUAAUGCCUUUAAUGGAGAAAACCAGAUCAAUCCACUUUCAUCCAUCUGUUUCUCUGUCAUCUGCAUGGGAUCCAUCUUCCUCUCUGUCGCCACCUUCCUCCUCUCCUGCUCAAUUUUCUCUGGCUUCUCCUUCUCCGCCCCCGUCAACCAGGAGUUCAUCUACCCAAACUUCACCGCCUCCAACUUCCUGUUCAUCGACAGCAGCGGCGUUUUCUUAGCCUCUCGCAAUGAAUCCUUUCAAGCCAUCAUAUCCCAAUCAGGACAAAGCAAAAACAAUUUUUACUUCUACGUCCUCCACGUACCCUCCAACACCAUCAUCUGGACCGCCAACCGCGACGCCCCCAUCUCGGAGUCCGGCAAGCUGAGCCUUACCGUCAACGGUCUCACCAUCGUCGGAGACAAUGGCACUCAAAUAUGGUCUACGCCGGCCUUGGGUUCACCCGUCACAGCCUUACAGCUUCUGGAGACAGGUAACCUGGUCCUGCUUGAUAAAUCCAACCGUUCUCUCUGGCAGAGUUUCGAUUAUCCCACAGAUACAAUCGUCAUCGGACAACGGUUCCCCGUCGGCAAAUCGCUGUCCAGCGCAACAUCCCAAGAUGAUUUGUCAACCGCUGAUUACCGGUUUUCACUCACCUCCGUUGAUGGGUUGCUGCAAUGGCAUGGACUAAUUUAUUGGAGGCUGUCCAUGGAGCCUAAGGCGUACAAAGAUGUGAACUCUCCGGUGGCAUAUAUGGCGAUGAACGCCACCGGUCUAUAUCUGUUCGACGGCAAUGGAGAGGUUGUGGUUCAGGUAUCCCUAUCUCAAGCAGAUUUUCGAAUUGCUAAGUUGGACUACGGAGGCCAUUUUAUUGUCCAGAGCUUUCUCAAUGGCAUGUGGAGCCCGGAACUCGAAGGGCCGGACAACGAUUGUAAAAUUCCCUUCUUCUGCAAAAGACUUGGACUGUGUAGACAAACCUCUGGGUCGAGAUCCAGUACCUGUUCAUGUCCGCCGGGCUUUCGCGUCGAUACCCAGACGAACCAAGGUUGCAUCCCAAGUGACAGCCAUCUUAGCCUACCUUCUGCCUGUAAUUCUACCGGAAAUGGAAACAGUAGCCAAUUGAAUUCGUCAACAGUUUCAUAUAUGAGUCUCGGCGCUAGUAUAGACUACUUCGCCAAUAGUUUCUUGGACCCAUCGGCUUACAGCAUCAAUUUAACGGCCUGCAGAGAUCUCUGCACGGAGAACUGUUCUUGCUCGGGCUUAUUCUAUGACAGUUCUUCUAGUUACUGUUAUUUGCUUAACGACCAACUGGGGUCUUUUAUGUCGAACACUGGAGGACAAAAUGAUCGGUUGGGUUACAUCAAGGCGCUUGCUGUAUCUUUGCCGGAUGAUAACAGCCUUGACAAUCAAAGGAAACAGAUUCCGUUGGUUGCUUUGGUUUUGUUACCUUUUACUGGGUUUACUCUGCUGGUAAUGCUUCUGGUUCUGAGCUUCCUUUGGUGGAGAAGACGUGGUAAGCUUCCGAAAACUUCUGUGGUAAAAUUAGGCAGCCUGAAAUCCUCUCUUUCGGAGGACGAGCUUGAAGCACUUUCAAUCCCAGGAUUGCCGGUGAGGUUCGAUUACGAAGAGAUUGAAGCAGCAACUAAUAAUUUCAGCGAACAGAUUGGGGCUGGCGGAUUUGGAGCUGUAUAUAAGGGCGCCCUGCCCAAUAAGACCCUCGUGGCUGUGAAGAAGAUAACCAAUUUAGGCGUCCAAGGGAAGAAAGAGUUCUGCACAGAGAUUGCUACCAUUGGAAACAUCCACCAUGUUAACUUGGUGAGGCUGAAAGGCUUCUGUGUCCAAGGCCGGCAGAAGCUGCUGGUGUACGAGUACAUGAACCGAGGCUCACUGGACAGGAUCCUCUUUGGUAAUGGACCUGUCCUAGAAUGGCAGGAAAGGGUUGACAUAGCAGUCGGAGUGGCGCGCGGGCUGGCUUAUUUACACAGUGGGUGUGAUAACAAGAUCAUCCAUUGCGACGUCAAGCCGGAGAACAUUCUUCUGCAUAGUCAGUUCCAGGUGAAGAUCUCUGAUUUUGGGCUUUCCAAGCUUCUCACCCCUGAGCAGUCUAGUCACUUCACCACAAUGAGAGGGACACGGGGGUAUCUCGCGCCUGAAUGGCUGACAAGCUCUGCAAUCACGGACAAGACCGAUGUGUAUAGCUACGGCAUGGUUCUGCUUGAAAUUGUGAGGGGAAGGAAGAAUUGCUUACUGAGAACUGGGAGUUCUAGCUUAGAAAAUGGCAGUAGCAGCGGUGGUCAGCCAUCUUCAUCGUCCUCCGGCAUUGGGGCUGUUUAUUUCCCACUGUUCGCGUUGGAGAUGCAUGAGCAAGGGCGGUAUUUGGAGCUUGCGGAUCCGAGGCUCGAGGGGCGAGUGACCAGUGAGGAGGUGGAGAAGCUUGUGCGCGUGGCCCUGUGCUGUGUGCAGGAGGAGCCAACUCUUAGGCCUAGCAUGGUGAAUGUGGUGAGCAUGUUGGAAGGUGGGAUGCCAUUGGGUGAACCAAGGGUUGAGUCACUGAAUUUCUUGCGAUUCUAUGGGCGAAGAUUUGUGGAGAGCUCGACAAUUCAGGGGCAGAAUACAGGGGCUGAGUACAUGCUUGACCCACAAUCAAAUGCUUCUGAGACAGGCACCGCCACUGCCUCAAAUCCUUUUUUCUCUUACAUGUCAUCACAACAAGUCUCUGGUCCAAGAUAGCAGAAGUGAAGGGUUUGGGUCAUUGGGUGCGGCUUGUAAGUUUUGGUUGAGAGAUGAGUGUAUCUCAGAGUUUCAUUCUGUUUUCGUUAUAUUUUCUGUUCAAUUGCAUUAGAGGAUUCUGUAUAGAAAGGUUUUCUGCCUGUAUGGGUGAGGACUGGCUCCAAAACAAGCCACUUUUGGUGGUAUUUGCUCCAAGACAAGGUUUUCUGGCUGUAUGGGAAAUCAAUAUAAGCCACUUUUGGCUCCAAAACAGCUAUAAACUAGUCACUUCACAGAUUAUGAUGGGUCUUUGAUUGUAAAUAAUUCUUGUCCUAGUAUACUAAGAAUUAGUUAAUUGGA